AUGUCUGUGCUCACAAAGAAAACCAUUCUUCUUGUAAACGCUAAUCACCUGAGGAAAAAAAAACUCAGAGUUGAUCGCGGGUAUUUUGCCUCGUACACGUCAGUUGAAAAUGCCAUUGCAUUUUACAGAGACCUGAGUGAUAACCAUUUGGAGGAGCUACCAUCUGACUUGCUUGCCAACCUCAGCAAUCUUCAAGAAUUGAGAUUAAACAAAAACAAGCUGAAAGACCUUCCUCCAACCCUAUUUGAGCGCAAUCCGCAUUUGAAGAUCCUACAAUUGAUCAACAAUAGUCUGAGUAACCUGCCGUCUAGCCUGUUUUCUAAUCUCGGAAAUCUCACAGAACUUAAUGUUCGUGGAAACAAGCUUGUGAAGUUACCACUGGGAAUUUUAGAUGCUCUCAACAGAUUGAAGAAGUUAGUGUUGCGGAACAACACAAUCAAGACUUUGCCGCAAAAGAUAUUUGAUCACCUAACCAGAUUAGAGGAACUAGACCUGAGUGACAACCAUUUGGAGGAGCUACCAUCUGACUUGCUUGCCAACCUCAGCAUUCUCCAAGAACUGAGAUUGAACGAGAACAGGCUGCGAUACCUUCCUCUGAACGUAUUUGAUCGAAAUCCUCAGCUGAAGAUCCUACAAUUGAUCAACAAUAAUCUGGUUAACCUGCCGUCUGGCCUGUUUUCUAAUCUCGGAAAUCUCACAGAACUUAAUGUUCGUGGAAACAAGCUUGUGAAGUUACCACUGGGAAUUUUUGAUGCACUCACCAGAUUGACGAAGUUAGUGUUGUGGAACAACACAAUCAAGACUUUGCCGCAAAAGAUAUUUCAUCACCUAACCAGAUUAGAGGAACUAGACCUGAGUGACAACCAUUUGGAGGAGCUACCAUCUGACUUUCUUGCCAACCUCAACAUUCUCCAAGAACUGAGAUUGAACAAGAACAGGCUGCGAGACCUUCCUCCGAACGCAUUUGAUCGAAAUCCUCAGCUGAAGAUCCUACAAUUUAUCCACAAUAGUCUAGGUAACCUGCCGUCUGGCCUGUUUUCUAAUCUCGGAAAUCUCACAGAGCUUAAUGUUCGUGGAAACAAGCUAGUGGAGUUACCAUUGGGGAUUUUUGAUGCUCUCACCGAAUUAAAGAAGUUAGUGUUGUGGGACAACACAAUCAAGUCUUUGCCGCAAAAGAUAUUUCAUCAUCUAACAGGAUUGGAAGAACUUGACUUGGAUGGUAAUAGACUGGUUACAUUGCAACCAAGAAUAUUUGACACCCUUGCCAAUCUAGAAUGGCUGUGGUUAAAUAGAAAUCAGUUAAAAGAACUACCACCAAAGAUUUUUGAUAAACUGACUCGGCUGCACUUACUUGAUGUCUCGAACAACGAGCUCCAAACGUUGCCAGAGGGAAUAUUUGACAACCUGACCAGCUUAACUAAACUGUGGUUAGAUGGUAAUCAGUUAAAAGAACUACCACCAAACAUUUUUGAUAAACUGACCAGGCUGCAGGAAUUGAAUGUAGCCGACAACGAGCUCCAUACAUUGCAGGAGGGAAUAUUCGACAACCUGACCAACUUAACUGGACUGUGGUUAUACGCCAACAAACUGCAUAGCCUUCCUUCUACGAUAUUUGGUAACCUUACCUCCCUGAGAAUGCUGUCCUUGUCCGUUAACCAGCUCAGUCAACUACCACCGAUUAUUUUUAAGGAAAAUAAAAACCUAGAGUGGCUGUAUCUGUCCCAAAAUAAAAUCGAGAAUUUACCCAAAGGGAUUUUCAGCGGCACGAGAAAACUUCAGGUUCUCACUAUUUCUGAUAACAAGAUUCCCGGUGUCACCAACGAAAACUUUAGGGACCUUCCAAAUUUGGUUAUUUUGAAUAUGCAAAAUAACGAAAUGUCUGAGCUUCCUAACGGGUUUUUCGAUGGAAUGAAGGACAUCAUGAAAGUGAUAGUGGACACCAGUCUUAUGUGUUGUCAUCUGACAAAAGAAGACGCCCAAUGCACCUCUUUAUACGACGACAGCUUCGCCAGUUGCGAGAGCAUGUUCCGCGACUCAGCUCCACGUAAAAGUAUUUGGGCAAUCGGAAUCCUUUCUUUGCUUGGUGCUGUGUUCGUAAUUGUGUGGCGUCUAAUCUUUAAAGAGAGAAACGUAGUCCAGCUUAUCAUGUUAAUGCACUUAGCAGUUGGGGAUUGCUUGAUGGGCGUUUACUUGGUCACCUUAGGUGCCAAAGACCUGUUAUGGUCGGGAAGUUACUAUCUGCAUGACUUCCAGUGGCGAUCCGGUUUGUCGUGUCAGGUUACAGGUGCGAUCUCAGUGCUGUCCAGUGAGGUGUCUGUAAUGGUACUGGCGCUCAUCUCUGCUGACAGGCUGAAGAACAUCGUUUUCCCAUACCAUGGCAGAGGGCUGACUCGCAGGAAGGCACACAUUCUGUGCGCGAUUAUUUGGGUCCUUAGUUUUGUCAUCGCAUUCCUUCCCCUCAGUGACAUUGGCUACUUUUAUGACGCCCUAGGGCGCCCUGCCUACUACGGACGUUCCGUUGUGUGCCUCCCACUGCAACUGUCCAGCUGGUUUUCAGCUGGUUGGGAGUUCUCCAUCGCUAUCUUUGUCGGGUUAAACUUCCUCCUAUUCCUGUUCAUGACGGUGGCCUAUGUCGCAAUUUUCCUUAAAAGUUAUCGCUCCAGCCGUCAGCUUGCAAGGGAAGGAACCCGACGAGAGGUGCAGGCAAGAAAGAAGAACGCAAGUUCCAGAAGGGAGAAAGCAUUGGCCAAAAGAGUCUUCUUUAUCAUUCUCACAGAUUGCGCCUGUUGGAUGCCGAUAAUAGUCAUGGGCAUCAGGUCUUUGGUUGAAAAAGAUUACAGUCCCCGAGGAGAUCUUCCUGCCUGGAUCGCCGUGUUUGUACUGCCAAUUAACUCAGCCUUGAAUCCAAUUAUCUACACCCUAUCAACCCCUCAG